UUCUUAAUCUUGUGGGAUAUAAAAUGCAUUCCUAUGACAUUAAAAACCCCAAUCUUUCAGUCGAAUUAAUACACGAGAUUGUUAAUUUUCUUCCAUUUGAUAUCAAGUGGGAGGAUUUUCGAGUCUCUUUAAUUUUCGAUUAUUUACUUUUAAAAAAUCAGCGUCAUUUUAUUAUUCUUUCCAAAUGUGUGAAAAAAAUUAUUGCCGUCCUUACACAAAUAAAACAACAAUAUAGUGGGUUCACAAUUUCUGUUGGGAUGGGCAAUCUGACUUACGAGACUCUCAAUGCCAUUAAUGAUAAAACAAACUACUCUUUUUAUUCCUUGAAAUUUAUAACGACAACAAUAUUAAAAUAUAAUUUCAAUUAUUUGGCUCUUAUUGACUCCUACCACUGGCCGCCAUCUUAUUUUCCUUUUGCUGGCAUACAAAUGUUGAGGGCCAAUGUUCAUUUAAAAUUAUUCAUUUUGGACCAAAUAAUGCAACUUUCUAUAAACACACUUCAAAAUAAUUUUCAAAUGACCGAGGUUGACGUUACUGCAGUCCGACAAUUUCUCAAUGUUAUCGAAGCGAAUGCACGAGAUAUAAACAUUUCAAUUAUGAACAAUAAUAAUGUUGCGGUUUAA